AUGACGCUCAAAAGCAUCUGCUUUCUUGCGACUGUAGCCGUGGCACGCCAUGCGCCAGCAACAGUCCAUUCAAAUACCAGCGGCAUAGCCACGCAAGAUUUUCUUCAGAAGAUCAACCACACGAUCGACGCAGGUCCGGCGACCUUCAAACAGCGGUACCAACUCAACACUCAGUACUUCGAGCCCGGCGGCCCCAUUCUCUUCAUCCAGAGCGCCGAGGCCGGAAUGCCGGCGAUCAAUGCUAGCGACUUUAUGGAUUACGCGCCGAAACUAGGGGCCCUCGUCGCGAUUCUCGAGCACCGCUUUUUUGGCGAGUUGCAUACCGGUAGUUAUCCGCCCGGAUACGAUCCGAUGAAUAUCUCAAAUGAAUCGUUCAACUCAUUAACGUUGGAUAACGUGCUUCAAGAUGGGAUUAGCUUUGUCAACUGGAUUAAGGGGACGGUUCUAGGAGCCAAGCACAGCAAGGUAAUCUACGGCGGCUCUUCGUAUGGUGGAUUUCUCGCUGUUUUAGCACGGAUACGUCAUCCGGAAACGUUCUAUGGCGCCAUCGCUUCUUCGCCCGCAUUAACUUCGUUCGGCCCGCUUACCUCGAACCGAUAUAAGUUCGACUCUGCGAAAUGGGCAAGCGACGUAUAUGGUGGCGCAUCGAAAGCCGCGUCGGCAAAAAUUCAAACAUCAAUGUUAAUAUUUAAGAAGUGCCUUUCAGGUAAUACUUGCGAUACGGCCCUUUUCGGCCUCAACGUAUGUAAAAAUUCAACAGUACUGGGUUAUGAAAGGCUGUACAGGGCGGCACUUCAGACAUACUUAGGAAUUUCUAAAUUCAAUUACCCCUGGAUCGACAAGUAUCCAACUGCAGAUCCGUUGGACAACCUCAUCGGCAAGACCCUCGAUGCGAAGACGGUAGGCGAAGUGAUACGGAUCCCGCUUCUUGCAGCUUCAUGGGCCAACGAGUCGUCCUGUAUUGACGCAUUCAACGCCAACAUUUCCAGAGCCAGCUCGGGGGACAUAGCAAGUAAUCAACCGGCCUUUGGAUACAUCACCUGUGGAUUUUAUCCUAUAAACGAUCGCUCAAUCCCCUCGAGCAACGUCUUUCCGGAAACGUUUGCUCGGGGAAACGUGGACGUCUGCAGCAACGCCGACUGGAAAUCCGCCGAUUACGGAAGGGAUAACGAAUACUUCCUGCAGAAAUACGCCAUGACAAAUGAUUUACUCGACUCGACAGAGAGGCUUCUCAUCGUACAGGGCGGUUACGAUCGUACUGCGGCCAUAGGAUCGCCCAUCUUGACUGUUACAAACUUGCUGAAUCACUCGAGGGUAAUACUGGUGAACGACAUUGCGCAUGCGGAAGACGCGGUGUCUGAAUCGAUUGAGCCUAGGGGGUUGAAGCCGCAGAUGGAUCAGAUCCGGGACGCCAAGUUAGCGCACCUCAAGGAGUGGCUUGGCCAAGGGAAUCAAACGAAGGACUCCGAGAAUUCGGCGCCGGUGUGCUGUUCGAUAUCCUUUUUCGGUUCUGUCGCAUUGAUCGUUUUGGGUUUACUUUGAUUUUCAAGUACGACGGAGGUCCGAAUCUUUGGAUUAUAUAAGAAAAGGGGGCUGGUGAACCGGUGUUUUCCGAAUCACGUGAUACGCGUCAUGGGUGUCCCGCAAGGGACUCGCAUAAUGAACCGUGAGAUCAUCACGAACUUGAUAAUUUCGAGAGUAAACACGGACUUAUCUCACUAGUAUCAAUAUCGAUUUAUCUAGAUUGUGAGCAAUAAUAAUUAAUCGAACCGAUGAAUGUCAUUGUUCCUCAU